AUGACGGAGUAUUCCGACGCCAAUCUAGACCCAAGUGGGGUCUGUCUCCGACCUUCGUUUGACUCCAGACGAAGUUCAGUCGUCAGCAUCAUGCAGAUUGAUCAAAUCAUUUCCGAUGACCGAAUUAACAUGGAGACGUAUGGCGUCUCCGAGAUGCGAGAUGGCUUCUUUGAUGCCCUUUUCUUGACACCGGAGCCUCUGACGCCGGAAGAAAUUGAGGACAAAGCAAUCUUACCCAAGGAAUUCGAAAAGAGUCACCCUUUAUCGCCCAAAGCCUUUUUUCCUCGACAACUCCAUGAGCUUCGAUCUGUGGUUCGAAAGGUCACAACUACGAGAUCCGGAAUCAGGCUACUCAAAUCUUUUCUCGCUUUCUUUCUGGCUUAUAUCCUAUGUCUGGUGCCCACAGUGUCUAACUGGCUUGGCCGAUAUGACUACAUCAUGGCUAUAUCCGUCAUCCUCAAUCAUCCAGCACGCACAUUUGGAUCUCAAGUGGACGGUGCUAUUUUAACCAUUGUUGGGACGGCUUGUGGGCUGGCAUGGGGCAUCAUUGGUCUUUUGCUGUCCACUUCAACUCUUGCUGCUAAAGUUGGAUAUGGUGGCAUUUUGACUCUGUUUCUUGCCCUUUUCAUGGCGAGCAUUGCGUACAUCCGUACAUUUUUUAUUCGCUUCUAUCAAGCUGUCCUUUGCGCUGGAAUAGCUGUUACCUUUACGACUCUCGCCGAGACUAGCAGUCUAGAUAUCAAGUGGCCCAAGUUCCGAAGCUAUGCCAUUCCCUGGCUUUUGGGACAAGCAAUCGCCAUGGCUGUUAACUGCCUCAUAUUCCCUGACGCUGGGAAUCGUCCUUUGGCCGCUGCUCUUGACAAGUCGUUCAGGACGAUGCAGGAAUCCCUCAUCAUUCCACGUCCGAGAAACACAAGACUCAGGCGAAGACUAGCCAAAACCUUCAUGGACAUGUCUCUUGCGUAUCGAGACAUGAGGAUCGACAUAACCAUUACACGAUUCCGUCCAGUGGACGUACGAGAGUUGCGGAACUUGGUGCAGGGCGUUGUACGAGCCCUUCUUUCCAUGGACACGGAUACAGACUUAUUUGAGGACUGGACGACUCCCGAGAUUAUUGUCGGCGGCCCCGAUUCAGACGACGAGUCGAUUGACGCGGGUCGAAAGGUUGCCCGAACUCUCUCUGCUCCUACACGAGAAGUCCUCGCCUGCAUGUCAGAGAGCAUGCAAAGAUCUCAUGCAGCUUUGAUGGAUCUGUCUGGAUGGAGAAAGCAUUUUGGUCCACCUCAAGACGCCUCCUCAGACCUCAUACCGGUUCAGGCGCGAUUCAACAACGCUCUCGUAGCUUUCGACGCGGCCGAGUCAAGCCUCCUCGCUAGCGACACCACCGAGUCAUACGAUAGUCAAGCAGUAGAGCUUUUCGUCUUUGCGAGACACGUCCGUGAAGCGGCAGCAACCAUUGUCAAUCUCAUGAACAAGGUUCAUGAGAUGCACCUCCACUCCAACCGCAAGAGACUCAACCUCCCAACAUAUCCCCCUUGGAAGGCCAUAUACAGAACGAAUGCCCAGGUUCGACAUGAUCGCGGCGGUGUCACUGCCGGUAUGUACCAGGCAACGUUUGCAGAGAUUGCGCAACUUCUCGAGUCUGCUAAGGUGGGUAAGGAGCAUCGUCAGAGUUAUGAAGCGGUUACCGGACCAGAGGAACCCAGCAUUCGGGGACAGCCAGCGUCGAGGAGAGACAAACUUGGAUACAGAAUUUGGACAGUCCUGCAUCGCCUUCAAGGGUUCGAGAGCAGAUAUGCGCUCAAGGUGGCCAUUCUCACUUCGGCAUUGGCCCUUCCUGCGUGGUUGAGCAACGGAUCAUGGUGGAAUCGAUACGAAGCUUGGUGGGCUGUGUGCAUGGGUUGGAUCAUGAUUCACCCCCGCGUUGGAGGAAACGUUCAGGACCUUUUCACUCGUGCCUUUGCCGCAAUUCUCGGAGCAGCGUGGAGUGGUGCGGCCCAUGCAGCCGGCAACGGGAAUCCAUAUGUGGUAGCAGUGUUUGCUGCUAUAUACAUGAUUCCCAUGAUGUAUCGCUUCACUCAGAGUUCCCAUCCGCGAUCCGGUCUUGUCGGAUGUCUCUCGUUUACGGUCAUUUCUCUCAGCUUGCGAGACCAUCCAGGCGUAUCAUCAGCAGCACUCCAAGGAGUACACAAAGGUCUGGUAUUUUUUGUCGGAACAACCACUCCUAUUGUGGUCAAUUGGUUCCUUUGGCCAUUCGUGGCUCGACAUGAACUCCGAUCUGCUCUCUCGUCAAUGCUCUUCUUCAUGAGCGUCAUGUACCGAAAUGUCGUGGCGAAUUACGUCUACUUUGAUGAGGGCAAAGACCCAACUCCGGAGGUUAUCACACGAUCUGAAAUGCUCGAGAGUCGAAUGCGCGAGGGCUUUGUGAGGAUCCGGCAACUCCUCGUCAUGACCCGUCAUGAACUCCGCCUGCGUGCCCCCUUCGAUCCGAUCCCGUAUUCGUGUCUGGCUGCGUCUUGUGAGCGCUUCUUUGAGUAUCUCAUUGCUGUUCGUCAGUCAGCUCUAUUCUACAACCCAAACUAUAUCCGAGACAACCCCGUGGCCGCCGAAAAGCUCCUCAGUUACCGACGAGACGCCGUUGCUGCCAUCCUCGGCAACCUGUACAUUCUCGCUGGUGCUCUGAAAUCACAACGCAAAGUUCCUCGUUAUCUCCCCAGUGCUGCGGCUGCUAGAAAGAAGCUCCUCCACAAAAGCGCCGAGGUUGCACGAGAAAUGGCCGAGAGUCCCGAGUAUCGCGAGCUUGAACGGCAGAAGACGUGGAGUGAUAUUUACAGCUACUCGUACAACGAGAGUCUGACAGGCUGCGUUGCUCAGCUGGAGGAGCUCGAAAGGUUUACCAAGCUCAUUGUCGGAGAGAAAAACUUUGAAAGCACGUGGAGCGCUGAACUUGUUGAAUAA